AUGUGGGAGAACCAUGAGCGUAGCCUCUGCCUAGAAGAGGAACAGCGUGCCCGUAUUCAGGCUCGCAUCCAAGAGAAGGUGAUGCUCAAGGAAGGAACCUGGAUCGAUUGGCAAUACCUUCUGACUGCAGCAGACACCCUUCGUCGUUGUCGCUAUACUCUAAAAUAUACUUAUCCUUAUGCCUAUUAUCCAAACAGCCUUCAGCGCAAGGAGUUAUUUGAAUACCAGCAAGGCUUGCUUGAGGCAGAGGUGGAGGAUCUUUCUUGGAAGAUUGAGCAUGCUGAGAUUACUGAUCGUGGGGAUCUUCAGAGCAAAAUUGACAUAUGCGAGAAGCAUAGGCUAACUAUGCUGCAGGAGUUUCUUACCAGCUAG